AAUUUUUACACAUGUUAAUUGCAGUUAAUUUCCCAAUUUUACUUUACAGGUGAAAUUAUUUAAAGAAUUUCUUGGUUGUUAUGUUAAACCAGAAGUAAUCAUCUUGGGGACAUCUUCUCUUAAACUGAAAAAACUAGACAUAAAGACUACAGGGAAUUUGUUAAAACCAGAGAGGAUGUUUUUGGGAGCUAAAGCUACUAAGCUGAUCCAAAGCUUGUCCACUAGAGACCAUGUUGUGAAAACUUUCCUGAAACAGGUAGAGGAAGCUUAUACUGCAUGUGGAAAGACAUUACAGGAAAAACUUGCUCUGAGUAACACUUUCCUCAAAGCAGUGUCAGCCAUUCAUCCUGAUGCUAGUGGACAUUCAGUCACUCUAACAUUCUUACAGAAACUUCCUAAUUUGGCCCCCAAUGUGUUAACAGAGGAAGAAACUAACACCUAUGAUUUGGAAAUCCGAAAAUAUCAAACUGAUGACCUGCCUGAAUUUGAAGAUGGAACCAGAAUUGACCACUGGUGGGGUAGGGAUGAUAUAAGGAAAAGAUAUCCGUGUCUCUGUAAAAUGGUGAGGUCUUUACUGUCAUGUUUUCAUGGGCCUCAAGUUGAAUCUUCUUUCAACGUCAUGAAUGACAUCAUUGACAACAAGUCUGGGAGAAUCAAUAUUGAGACAUACAAUGCAAUUCAAAAUGUUAAGUAUAGUCUCAAAGCCUGUGAAAAGAGUGCAAUUGCCUUUCACAACAAACAAGAUUUUCUCCAUGAAGGUAUAAAUCCCAAACUUGUAAAAAACAUGAGAUCAUCAUGUAAGCAGUAUAAGCUUGAGUUAGAGAUGAAAAGAAGUGCUCUAGAAGAGAAAAAGAACAGGUUAAAUGUAACAACGAAGACAUCAAUGGUUACAAAAAGGAAAGCUAAAGAACUGUGUGCUAAAGCAGCCAAGAAAGCAAGAAAAACUCAUCAGCAAUGUAUUGCAAGAGGCUCAAGUCUUGCAAAGAAAAGCUGAAACAAUGAACAUUAAUGUACAUAUGUGUAUAUAUAUCUGUAUAUAUGAUGUUAAAACUGUUUUUAUAUAAAAUGGAGAUUGUACAUACUAUUUUAAAGAAGUUUUGACUUGUCUUUGAUGGAUUGCCUAGUGUUGUAUAAAAAUUAAAUAUGGCUACAUUGUAUGUGAGACUAUGGAUGUUAAUAUUUUGUAAGUAACCAUCAAUUCAUUAUUAUUUUUUAAAUGAGAAGUUUUAACCUAGACCAGA